AUGCCGGCACCCGGAGACCCCGCGGCCCGCCCAGAAGAUACCUGCGCGGUGGCAGCCUUGACUACGGCAAUGGAGGCGGAGGCGAGGCGCCUCUCCUCCUGCGCCAUCGUGCUUGGGCAGUGCAGAGGCAGAGGCGAGACGGAGCCUAAGGAGGUGGAGAAGGCGCUCCGCAGAUGCUUCGGGGUCCUAGAAGGCGACGUCGUUGUUUCCCGUCAUCGACCAGAGAACUUCCUCGCCAUCUUCAAGUACCCCCACCACCAAGAUGUUGUGGUGACCAAGGAGAAACUUCCAGUGUGCAACUUCAACUUCCGCAUCUGGCCAUGGCGGGUAGAAGCCUAUGGAGACCACUGUGAGCUACGCCAUCACGUGCGUCUCUGCCUGGAAGGAGUUCCAGUCCACGCUUGGAACGAGAGCAUCGCUAAGCAAGCGGUGGCGAGAGCGUGCGACAUCGACUACGUGGAGCAGCAGUCGGUGGACCGGGAGGACACCAGGGUGCUAUGCCUCUGGGCGUGGACCUACAAUCCCUCCGAUAUCCCCAAGGAGAGGACUCCACCACGCAACACACGCCGCGCAGAUCGCCGGAGCGAUGAUGGCGGCGUCGAGCGGGUCACCACCUCGCCGGCCGCGCUCAACUCUCGGAGAGCACUACAUCAACAACGACAUCAGCAGCAGGUCUCCCAUCGGUUCGCGAGUUGCCAUCACGCCGUUCACGCCCCGCUCCUCGUGGGCGCACCAGAGCGAAUCUCCACCGCGCACACACACGCCCGGCUCGCGGCCCACGGCGAUGAAGGCGCCCGAAUGAGUCUUCACCGGCGGCGUGUUCAACUCUCGAAGCCCCGCCCAGCAACCUCCAACGGGCGCUUCAAGCAAGGGGCUGACCCGUAUUUGUCUUUCGGAGAGGACAGCGAUAACAUGGUCAUGGGGUCUCCGGGGACAACAAGCAAGGCAAUGAGCCACAGCGGCACCCUACGGUUGACAUCCCCAACCAGUGGUGACAGCAGGGACGAGGCUGCACAGCGUUCUGCCACAACUGCGGCGUUCAGGCGAUCUCCUCGCUCCCACCAGGCCGCGUCUGGUACCCGAUUCAGAAGGCACCGCCCAAAUUGCGUCUAUGUCAGGCGUAAUUGUUGCAGGCAGCGCAUGGCGUCUCCACUAGCCCAACAGAACGCGGCGGCCAACUUCAUCCGCACAGUCACACUGCAGACUGCAGUGCCGCUGCUCCAAGGGCCACCCCAGCGAACGAGGACCAUCAGACGCAGGAAGAAGCAGUCUUCAGCCCCCCUGCGCAAAAGUGUGCGCAUUGCAACAGCAUCUUGGCCGCGGGGCGAUGCUCAAGCGAAGGCGCGCCAAGUUCUGAUGAAAAAACUUGGCUUCAUGGAGGACCGUUCGCUGGACGACGCGCUGCUGGGCUACUUCAAGCUGUUCGGCGGUCCACUUUCAGGGACGGUGAUCCAGGCGUUGACUGCCCUUUGUGGCCUCGGCGACGACUCUGGGGCAGGCUGCUCCCAGUUAUGUAUCGGCUGUGAAGUAUGCAGUGGUGACGGCCAUGGGCCAAAAAUCACCAAAGCGCUCUCCACUCCUUCAGGGUCACCAUGUCAUCUUCAGUUGUUAUUCUACUAUGUCUGCACCAAAGCUACCGCCAUCAGCGCUGCUAGCUACCUGUUUUUCUGCACAGGCUGUUAUUUGGGGCAAAUCUUGUUUUCAAUGACACAACGUAAUUGCAACAUCCUGUGCUGGAACGUGAGAGGCCUCAAUGAUGUGGUGAGGCAAGAUACAGUGAGCUUGCUAGUUCGAGACACAGCCUCCACCAUCGUGUGUCUACAAGAAACAAAGCUACAAAACAUCGACCAAGGCAUCGUCCAGCGCACGGUAGGUGCCAAAUUCACAAACAAUUUUGUGGCAUUGCCGGCCACACAAACUAGAGGUGCCAUUCUUUUGGCGGCAAACAAAGAUUAUUUCCACCUCACCGAUCAACACUUAUCUGCAAAUGCGGUCACAGCAACAUGCACCAUGAGGGCAGACGGGACCAAAUGGCAAAUAACGGUGGUAUAUGGUCCACAAGGUGAUGCUGAGAAACUACAAUUCUUGCAAGAGCUCAAGGCAAUUCCUAGGCCGGCGCACGGGAGGUGGCUAGUCCUUGGUGACUUUAAUCUCAUCUACCAAGCGGCAGAUAAGAAUAAUUCAAAUCUGAACCGUCGUCUAAUGGGGGCCUUCAAAGCGGUGAUCGACAAGCUAAACCUCAAAGAAAUAGGGCUCAAUGGCUGCCGUUACACUUGGAGCAAUGAGCAGGACAGUCCGACGCUUACUAGGAUCGACAGGCUGCUUUGCACCCCGGAUUGGGAAUUGACCUUCCCAACCUGUUUCCUCCACUCCCUGCCUUCGCUCAUGUCAGACCACACUCCGCUUCUACUACAAGGGGAGAUCCUGCACUACAAAAAUCCAUCCUUCCGCUUCGAAAAUUUCUGGGUGAAUGUUGAUGGCUUCAGUGAAUUGGUAGAACAGAUUUGGAAUAGACCUGUCCAAUUGAACGUGCCUCUCAAGCGACUCAACACAAAAUUAGCAAGAGUGACCAAAGGCAUCAAGAAAUGGCGGAGGGAGAAAAUUGGCGACACACGGCUACAGUUGGCCAUCGUCAAAGAAGUGCUAUUGCAGCUUGAAGCGGCACAGGAAAUGAGAACGCUGACGCCCCAGGAAAUUGCACUACGUCGCCAGAACUAA